AUGCGGCAUAGCUAUCUUAGCUACACACGUCAAACAUUUAAUGAGAUCUCCUCAAGCCCUGGCAGCUCUUUCCCUUUCUAUAUAUACCCCGGCAGCCUUUUCCUCAUUUCCGUACUAUCAAUCACACCACCACCCUUUCUUAAUCGUCCAUCCCUCGAUUUCAUGCAAGUUCUCCGAUUCUUUCAUACGCUCGAGCAAAACACAAGCAUGAAAGUCAUCCAGGGAAAAUUUCUCAGGGCCUGCCUACGGAAGUGCAGAAAGUUGGAUACAAAAGCAAUAUCUCCUGCACCCUGUGACAGAUGCUGGCAACUGCUUUCAUCACGGUCAGUGCGUAAAAAAAAGAAGACCGUUCCCAGGGAUGUUCCCAAGGGCCACUUGGCGAUCUACGUAGGUGAAUUCAGAAAAAGAUUUGUGAUCAAAAUUACCUUACUCGACCACCCACUGUUCAGAGCGUUGCUGGAUCACGCUCAAGAAGUAUAUGAUUUCACUGCAGACUCGAAGCUGUGUAUCCCUUGCGAUGAGAGCAUUUUCCUUAGCGUUGUCCGCUGCGCUACAUCCCCAGAAAAUCAACCAAUCUGCAUCUCCCUUUGAUGGCUCACCUAAGGAGUUUGGAUCAGAUUUUUGCCAGGAUCUUUUUGACUCCCUCGUAUAUUAGCACGAUGUUAUAUAGCUGUUACUUCUUGUACACCACGCCCAAUCGGCUUGUAAGAUUCAUUUCCUUACUCAUGACAAUUGAAUAGUUUUCUUGA